AUGACUUUACAAGGUUUAAGUACAGCAAAAGCAUGUGGACUUGCGGCCUAUGGAUGUGUUCUCUGGGGUGCGGCUGCGCUCACAGUUCGGCAUGCAGGACCGGCUUGCUACAACACCGAUUUGGGGAAAACUCUUAUGAUGGUCGCUGCUGUGCCAGGUUCUUAUAUACUGGUCCGUAGCGUUGAUAAGCUAUUUUCCCUGAGUUCAAAAGAAAGACUCGCCGCAGUAACAUUAGUUACUGCUAGUGCGCUGAUAAUGGACGGUCUUGCUGUUACAGGGUUUCCAAGUAUAUACGAAAAUGAGUCAUUGAAAGCAAAAAAUGUAGAUUUGGCUCGCUCGAUCGCCAGAGACGGAACUGGAUGGGUAUUCUUCGGUGCUGGAGUUGGACUAGCAAUUGCUCUUGUUAUUUCAUAA